UUAGCUUUAUCGAAGUAUAUUAAGCAUUCAGUUUGUAUUAACAGCUCUCUUAGUACCUGUUAGAAAUAUGAUAUUAACGUAGUUUAUUGUAAUUAAUUUAUUAUGUUACAAAAUUAUGUCAAUUUCAAUCAAUCAUGGUGAAACUGUGAGAUACAACAUAAUAACGUAAUUAACAAUCUGAUUUUUUUUUUUAUUUAUUCAAACAGUGCAAAAUGUGUGAGUGAUUUGUAAUUUACAUUGCAAUGGUGUUAUUUGUUAUCUAAAUAUUAUGAGCGUACGAAACAUAGUAAUGUAACUGUUAAAAAAUAAGUUAACUAAAUAAUGGUGAAGAAGAUUAUUUAAAAGUUGAUACAUCGUUAUUGUGUAAUAUCAAGAAAUUAUUGCAAUAACAUUUUAUUAUGGUGUGAUACAUUUGGAUAAUAAAGAAAAGAGAAAAGUAACAAGAUGAGUAAAUCAGAAACUAUCAAACUACCUCCAGAUGGAAACUGGGGUUGGAUGAUUGUCCUGGCAUUUUCAUUAAACGGAAUAUGUACUAUAUCCAUUAUGCAAGGAUUUGGAUUAAUAUUUAAAGAUACUUUUCCUCGUUUGGGGUUCAAUGCGACAGAAGGAACGAUCAUCCUUAAUACAAAUCUAGCUUUUGGCAUGAUACUUGGAUUAAUAAAUGGUCCCCUUUUACGAAUUUUCGGAUAUAGAAAAAUGGCUGUGAUCGGUUCUACAUUGUUUAGUAGUGGAGUAAUUACAACAACAUUUGCCAACUCUUUUACCUCUUUAAUGAUAUCUUACGCAUUGGGUUCGUCUAUGACAAUGUCUGCUUUUUCGUAUGCAUUGAAUUCCUAUUUUACCACAAAAAGAGGGCGUGCAAUGUCUUUAGCAAUGACACUUGUUGGAGUGGGACCAAUAAUCGUACCUCAAGUGACUACUCUCUUAAUUUCAUAUUAUGGAUUUCAGGGUACGAUAUUGUUAUAUGGAGCUUUCACUCUACAUGGAUAUAUAGCUAGUUCAUUACUUCAUCCACUCAAAUGGCAUACGAAAAAUGCAAAAUCGGAAGCAGUGAACGACGAAUCAUUCAAGACUGAAGACGAUGAUAAAAUGAUAGAUCGGGAGAACAAUGACGUAGAAAGUCUGAAAAAUUCCGUAUUAGACUUAACUACGCAAAGAAGAAGGAAAACUACUAUUUCAAGUAUUGAUCACGAUACAGAAAUUGGAAGUAUAUAUGGUUUGGAUAUAUCCUAUGCUCGACAACUAUCUGAAACAUUGAAUGUUAAAAGUAUGGAUACAAUUAAUCUCGGCAGCAGUAUUAAAAUUUUUGAAGAGAAACCUUUGACAAAAUGCAGUAGCAUAAAUGAAUUUGAAGCGAAUGAUCAUCAGACUACAAUGGAGAACGAUACAUUAUUAGCAGAAAGUAAUGGAAACACAGUAUCAAAUACAAAUAUUGACAGUAAUGAGAAGUCUGAAAAGAAAUCGACUAUAACACGAAUACUCGACAUAAUAUCAGACUAUUUCGAUUUGGAUUUAUUGCGAGAUCCAAUUUACGUAAAUAUAAUGUUGGGGAUGUCUGUCGCUAUUUUUGCCGAAAUAAAUUUCUCUCAACUAACACCUUUCUUCCUGAUGGACAUGAAAAUAUCAACUAAUCAAAUUGCGACUGUAAUGAGUACUAUUGCCAGUGUAGAUCUGGUUUUCAGGACUCUUGCUCCCUUUAUUGGGGAAUGGCUUCAUCAACCACCGAGAAUAAUGUAUCUCUUAACUUUAUUGUUCGUAAAUGGAUUUAUUUCGCUGAUAAUCGUUGCUAUUGGAUUGGGGGCUUCUAAAGGAAUACGUUCAAUAUAUAUGAGCUUGGUAAUACCUUGUUACGUGCCAAUCCAUAAGUUACCUAAUGCAUCAGGACUUCAAAUGAUUGUAAAUGGAGCAAUGCUUUUGUCUGCUGGUCCUAUGCUUGGUAUAAUGCGUGAUAAUUUUGGAAGUUUUAUACCUUGCAUAAUUGUAAUAAAUUGUGUUACGACACUCACAGUGAUAAUGUGGACAGUAGAAAUUUUAAUCAUCCGAAAGAAAAAAUUACAAAAAUUACAAAAAGAGCAGCAAGAAGCUUCCUGAUUGUAUUAUGCCGUACAUUUAUUUUUGUAUAUCAGUAUAAUUCAGUGUCAUUAGAAAAUCCACUUAUAUAAUGUAUGAAAAGAUGAGUGUCUUAAAUUCGAAAGUAAAAAUUAAACAAUAGAUUCUCUCUCUUUUUAUAGUUCAGAGUUUUAGAGAAAGUUGGUGGUGUUUUUUAACAAUCAAUGUUUUAAAUUUUGAAUGGACGAAGAUUAUUUAUAAAUUUGUGCCAAAUAAUAAAACUUGUUAAUAUUUAACAAUAAUAAAUAAAUGAAUUUAGUAAAAAGUUAACAUAUGACUGCCACGAUAGACACCGAUUACUAUAGAUAUUUUAGAGCGAUUAAAAUCAAAACUAGAUAAUACUAAACAAAACUAGAUAAUACUAAAUAUAGUAUAGUAUAGUAUAGUAUAAAAUAAACUAUACGCUUUUAUUACAUUUUUAUUAUUACAUAAAUAAUUUUAUAAAACUUAAAUAUUCUAUCCUAUGAGAAAAAAGUGUAAAGUGGCAAUCAACGUGUUAAACAUACUAAUAUAUGUACAAAAUUAAUUCGUUUGUAUUAAUUUGUUUGUAUGUAGAAUAUUGAUUUUCAAUUCAAAUUUUAAUUUUGGAGAAAAAAAAAAGACACAUCUAAAACCAAUUAAAAGAAUAGGACGAUGUAUAUAACUUUCGUGCGAAUACAAUGUUGUAACCGUGAUCUUGAACAUUUAGUCUCACACUAUUCUUGUCAACAAAUAAAUAAGAUUCUCAUCCUCAAUGUUACAAAACUGUCAGUUUUAUGUAAAUUAGUCAUUAUAGUAAUCAGUCGUUACGCGGGAUUUGAGGUUGAUUUUUAUUGUCUCUGUAAAAUGAAUGUUUUUACUGUAACUAUUAUUAAUAUAAUUUUGUUACGAUUUUCUUUAGUUUUGUGCAAAGUUGAAUGUUGAAAAAAUUCUGACAAAUAAUUCAGACGUUAAUUAGAGACAUUAGAUUAUACUUUCAUUAAAAUAAUUCGUAAUAUAUUAUUUUCACUAAGUAUAUCAGAGAUUUAGUUUCAUUAUUUUUGCAUUGUAUACAUAGAAAUAGUCAAUAAAAGAGAUUUCAUUUCUGAAUAAAAUGACAUUAGCUCUUAUGUAUCAAUGAGGAAUUUUAUUUAAGACGUAUCACGUCAUUUACUCUAUUCACUAUACAUUCAACUAUGAUUCAUCUUUUUAAUCUUUUAAUCCUUACAAAAUGUUUUUAAUUCUAAAAGUACACCACUACGAAUGCCAGCAAAAGGUUUGAAAUGAAUAUUAGCUCAGAGAGCAAGGAUAUAUGCAUUAUUUAAUAGAAUACUAAUUUUUAUAUAGUUUAAAAUUUUACUAAGAACUUAACAACUUUAUUAAGAACUUCAUAGAAUGUAAUACGUAUAGAAUAAUUUUAUAAAAUUUUGAAAUAUUUUAACUCAGUUUAAAAAUCAUUAUAUGUACCCAUAUGUAUGUUUCUACACGUAUAAGCAUAUUUAAAAGUAUUAAUAAUUAUAUUUGUUUCAGUGCUGAUUUUGAAGAAAAUCUUAAUUUAAACUUUCUUUUUACACGUAAUCUUUAUAAAGUAAAAAUUUGUAUAGCACUUCUAUACAAGAAACAUAGGAGCUGCUAUAUUAUUUCAACUUUAAUUAAGGUCGUGUGCUUAUUCAAUGUCGUUGGCCAUAGAACAAACUUAAUGAUGUGAAGUGUUUCGUUCAGGCUCCUUAACAAUCACGAUCUACUGCGAAAACAAUAGAUUGUUUCUUCUCAGAAACCUUCCGGUAAAAGUUUUCGCACGCUGUUAAAGGAAUAACACAAAGAAUUAAAAGUUGUACUUGAAAAAAGCUGAUUACACAAACUUAUGUAAAUAUUUGAAAAUGAAGAUAAUGAUGUCACUUUCUGAAUUCGUAACACGAAUAUUUUGAGAAUAAAUGAACGAUUUUUAAUUUAUUAAAUUAUUUCAUCAGAGUGUAUUUGUAUAUUUUUAUAUAGGUAUAUUAUAAUUUAGUUUUAUAAUACUAUUAAGUUUCGAAUUUUAGGACCAUGUAUUACAGUCGUCAAGUAAAAUUCAAGAAUUUUCUUUAUGUUCACUGUCACUAAAAAAAAGACGGGUACAAUAAAGAAAUUUUGAAUACAAAUUUCCUUUAAGAAAUUCCAUCUGAAACAAGUUAAUUUUUAUCACAGAGAUAUAUCUAUCAUUGGAUUACUUUGAUUUGUUUUACAUGUUAUUAUAUAUGUAUGUUUUUUUUAAUAUAUAACAAUUUCUACAUGUGUGUUUAAAUAAAUUAUUCUACAUAUGUUUAUUAUGCCAAUUUUUAACUUUAUUUUAAUUUAAAUUAGUUAUUUGCAAAUAAUUUUUAUUUACUGUUGAAAGAAAUAUUUUAUUUAUCUUAUUUAUUAUAUGUAAUAGCAGAAUUAAUUUAAUGAAUAUUCCAAAUUAUGGAAAUAAUGUAUUGAAGAAAUAUUGUAUAGAAACAUUUAAUAAAAGUUAAUACUUUUUUG